AUCGCCCCGCCCCGACCUGCGGGCGGGGCAGGGCCGAGAGUCCAGGGCCGCGGGCCGGCCUCAGGGACUUCCUUGUUGGGUCCCCGGCCCGGCGUGUCCGGAGUCGUAGCCCCGCUGCGCUCACCGGACGGCUAGCCAGAGCCUAGGUCGCAGCCGCCACCCAAGCAGAUCCUUCCCCCGCACGCCCCGCGCUCCCCGACAUGCCCAACCCCAGCAGUACCUCCUCUCCCUCCCCCCUCCCCGAGGAGGUUAGGAACCUGUUGGCAGAUGUUGAAGCAUUUGUAGCAGAUGUACUGAAAGGGGAAAAUUUAUCCAAGAAAGCAAAGGAAAAGAGAGAAUCUCUUAUUAAGAAGAUAAAAGAUGUAAAGUCUAUCUAUCUUCAGGAAUUUAAAGACAAAGGCGAUGCAGAAGAUGGGGAGGAAUAUGAUGAUCCUUUCUCUGGGGCUCCAGACACUAUUUCAUUAGCCUCAGAGAGAUACGAUAAAGACGACGAAGCUCCCUCUGAUGGAAACCAGUUUCCUCCAGUGGCAGCACAGGACCUGCCUUGUGUUUUUAAGGCUGGCUACCUUGAAAAACGCAGAAAAGAUCACAGCUUUCUGGGAUUUGAAUGGCAAAAACGGUGGUGUGCUCUCAGUAAAGGAGUGUUCUAUUAUUAUGGAAGUGACAAAGACAAACAGCAGAAAGGUGAAUUUGCAAUUGAUGGCUACCACGUCAGAAUGAAUAACACUCUUAGGAAGGAUGCAAAGAAAGAUUGCUGCUUUGAAAUCUCUGCUCCUGAUAAACGUGUCUAUCAGUUCACAGCAACUUCUCCCAAAGAUGCCGAAGAAUGGGUACAGCAGCUGAAAUUUGUAUUACAAGAUAUGGGAUCUGAUAUUAUUCCUGAGGAGGAUGAAGAAGGAGGAGAAUUAUAUGAUGAUGUUGAUCAUCCUCUACCAACCAGCAGUUCACCAGCUAGCAGUCAACCAAUUGAUGAUGAAAUUUAUGAAGAACUUCCAGAUGAGGAAGAGGACGCUGCUCCCGGGAGAGCGGAGGAGCAGAGGAAGACGAGUCAGGACAGUGGCCAUCACAGCACAGGAGAUAAAAGCACCGAUUACGCUAAUUUUUACCAGGGUUUGUGGGACUGCACAGGUGCUCUUUCUGAUGAGUUGUCAUUUAAACGCGGGGAUGUGAUUUACAUUCUGAGCAAGGAAUACAAUAGAUACGGCUGGUGGGUAGGAGAAAUGAAGGGAGCCAUUGGCUUGGUGCCGAAAGCCUACAUAAUGGAGAUGUAUGAUAUCUGAGAGUCCUGGCCGAGGAGGGGUCUCCUGCUACUCUGCGAAGGCCGUGGAGUCAGAACCGUCGGGGAGGCCUGAGCGGCAGCGCUUAACCUUUCCUUGUUUUGUUGAGCAUCCCGCGUCUUCAUUGCUUUCUGCGUUCAUAGCAUCGCUCUGACGUGAAACUAAAUGAAGGAUAUGAAUGCAAAUUAGAUACAAGCUGUACACUUAGACCUGUUGCUGUUUUGCAAAGAAAUGAUUGUAGUUUUUACUUACUCAUUUGAUUUGUGUGAAGAACUCAGCACUAUGUUAUAUGUUCCACGUCGUCACUGCUACUUCUGGUAUGAGUUGCAACUUCUCUCAAUAUUGGCCGUCAGUUAUUUUUGUCAAAUAUAAUAUGUAAUUUCAUAGAAAUGUAAACUGCAUAUAUCAUGUAAGUUUUGGGUAGAUGCUUUAGUAAAGCCUUACCGAAUAAGGCAUUAUUAAAGCUUUAGAGAUGUUUUAUGGCAGUAUUUAUUUUUCCACACAUUAGUAACAUGUUUUCCCGGAAGAAUUUUUACCAUGGGCGAGUUUGCUUUGUGUUAAAUCUCGCCACAAGAAAGGAAACAGGAUCGAAUUGCGAAUGGUAGUGUGCUGUCACCCUCUACAACACGCGCUGACUGGCACCGUGGUUCAUGUGAAGUCCUGGAUCAAGAGCAGAUACCCUGGUCAGAUGAUGGGCUGGCCAGCAUCUUCUAUCAUCAUUUUGUUUAAAUUUAAUAAAAUAAAAAAUUCCUAAGGCCCAUCUCCAUUCUCCACCACUGUAAGGGCACAAGGCAUCUCAGUGUGCUCUGAGAGUGAGGGGGUGGCCCCAGCCCUCUCCUCCUGCCUGAUCGUGGCUGUGGCAGGGGACCCACCACAGGGCCACUCCAGCCUGAGUCUCCUCGGGCUCCUCCGAGCAGAGGAAGGAGCAAGGUGGGGACCACAGCAGCAGGCCCGACAGUGGAGCACGCGCCCCGCUACCUGAGCAAGACUUGCAGGAUUAUGUCAUCACCUGUUCAUGUGUAUUUGAAACCAAAGGUAUUGUAAACGCCUACAAGGUACCGGUCUGCUCUUAACUUAUACCCCAAGGUACUGCGGAACGGAUAAUCAUUUCGAGUAGCCAUAAUCUCCUCAUAUUGAAUCACUGAUUGGCAGGUACCUUUGUUGAACUUUUCAGAUCUUUGCUUUUAUGAAGAUAAAGAUUCUGACCAUGCAAGCAAGCUGGUAAUAUUUAAAAACCUUCAUUACUUACAUGAAACUGUUUGCAGGCACUAUUUCAGAGUGUAUAUGUACCAUUAUCGCCUUAAUACCAUGAUCACGUUUUAUUCUCAGAUGUGAAAGAAUAUUCAUUUUAGGGAUUGGGAGUAAACUCUAGUUUAUAUAAAUUAUAUACAUUGUUGAGCUUAAGCUGUCAGACAUGAAUCGGUGCACUUGUUAAUCUGGUCCUAAUAGAGAGCAUUGGGGUAGAGUGAGAGCAUCUUGGGGAACGUAAGACAAGCGGAGAUGAGGCUACAGGGCUGGUUUUCGAAGCCCGACAGGUUGAAAAGCAAAAGCAGUGGUGGGUUUCCACAAAACGUGGGCUUGCUGGCGGCGUGGACACAGGUUUCCUGCUUCGGGCUUCCGUGAAGAUUGUAGCCCUGGGCCAGUAGGUGGCAGCAGCCUUUCAUUGCAUACCCAGCCCCCGGGAAGCCCUCCCCCACUCGGGCCCAAACCCCCGCAGAAUGUAGAGCGAGUAGAACAGCGCUGCCUCCUUUUACAGUUAAUCCAGGAGAGGGAGUCCUUCGCCAACGGAUGACCAGUGAUUCCAAGCCAGGCAGUCUCUGUGAGCGGUGGCGGUGGCGAUACGGAAAUCUAGUGUGGCCUCUGCCUGAGCUCCUCUGGCCUUUGUUCUUUUGAAACUGGAAUCCAGGUGGGAGAUAGGAAAGAAAACCAAGAUUUCAAAUUGGAGUGACAGGGAAAAUAAUCACUGCUUUCAGUUCAUGACAAGUUUAUAUUCAUUUGGUGAAAUCUUCUGUAUACUACCAGGGAGAAAGUUUUCUUUACACCCUUGACAAUAUAUCACACACUCUUCAAAUCAUAAUAAUAUAAUUAAUGUGACUCUAAACAACAUGGCUUGUUAGAAAAUGUGCUAAUUGCUAUGUUCUCAUUAUGUUUGCUUAGUUUUUAUUUGUUUUUCUAUGAACAGUUAGAGAGCUGUUUUUUUCCAAAGGUGAUUGUAAGUCAUAUUUUAUAUAGCAUUUUGCUUGAUUAUUUGCACUGUACUGAAUUUGUACUCUAUUGCCAUUAGAUCUUACAAUAAUGUUCCACUCUGCAAAUUUUUAAGGUUCAAAUAAAGUUUAAUUGUUUGCAAA